UAAAAUAUUGCCAAAAAACUUGAUAGGACAAUUUCAGAUGUUUCUUGGAGGUACUCCUUUCCAGAAGCUUAUUUGAAAGUUCUAUCUAAGCUUCAUUCAGAUCACUGUCACAUUCUUCUUAGAUGCUUUGCUUUGGUAGGUUAGCGAUAGCUUUCAAUCAGGAUAGCUGAAUUGAGAUUUCGUAAGAGAAGGCCUUAUCCCUACUAGGUGAAUGAAAGGCUUUAAAUAAAUCGUGAGAUAGGGGUAUAGGAUGGCUUCUUUCCGUAUGAAAAUUGUCUUUUUGACACUGAAGAGUAGGGACUAUGGACGGGUCUUGACUAGUUAGAGAAGAGAAAGAGGAGUUUGGGCACAGCCCCGGGGAAGAAUCAAAUAAGGUUCUUCAAGACCAGUCGAGAAUCCCCAAGUGUCUAAAGAAAGAUGCGUGAAAUCUCAGUUUUCAGACUCAGUUGAACCGGGGCCUUACUAUUGAAAUGAACUGGAAUUUCCGAUAGAUGUGACCCCUAUAACCUUUCAAAUUUUAACAAGUUUGGAGUACUCAUCCUAGCUACAAGACAGUAGUGCAAUAGGCAUGGAGUAGAAAAAUGUCUCGAAUAACUGAUUAUUUAGUUGAUAUGCAAAAGAGUUUGUUGGAGUUUAACACAGAGACCUUCGACAAUAUCUUUGUGAGGAAGCGAAACUUGGAAAAGAAGAUAGAUGACAUUCAAAAACAGCUUGAAUAUUUAGAUAGUCUAUCUCUCAGAACAAAGAAGAAAGAGUGCCUUGAUUAAUAUAAUGUUAUCCUGCUUCAAGAAGAGAUGUUGUGGGCUCAGAAAUCAAGAAAAAAGUAAAUUCUUUUGGGUGAUAAAAAGCACAAACUUUUUUCACACACAUAUUUGUGAGAAGAAAAUACGACAAAAUUCAUGGUUUAUUUAUCAACGAUGGAACUUGGAUAACGGAGGCGGAUAUUCUUCAAAAAGAAGCAAGCGUUCUUUUAAAAAUCUUUUGUUCCACAAAAAAUGUAGUGUUGGACAACAUAGCAACAAAAUCCCAGGUUCAGCUUGCAUUGUCAUGAAUGUGCUUCACCUCUUUAGCAAGGCCUCAGAAUUGAAGGUGAAUGUGGAUAAAUCAAAGGCUUUUUGCUCCAGAGGGGGAGCUUGUGGCUUUGGAGAAUAUGGAAGGACGGUCAAUGAUGGCAGUGUUGCAGCGGUGUCUAGGCUAUGGAGGAAUGGAACUGGCUGUGGUGCAUGCUACCAGGCAAGGUGCAAAUUAGAGCAAUACUGCGACGAGGAGGGAACCUACGUGGUGGUAACAGACUACGGCGAAGGAGACAGAACAGACUUCGUUUUGAGCCCACGCGCCUACAAGAAGUUGGGACGAAACGAUGAAGCUGCAGCAGAGCUAUUCAAAUAUGGUGUGGUUGACAUUGAAUACCGAAGGGUCCCUUGCAGAUAUGAAGGCUACAACAUUGUCUUUAAGGUCCAUGAACGAAGCAAGAAUCCUGAAUACUUUGCUGUUGUCAUUCUCUAUGUUAAUGGUGCUUAUGAUGUAACUGCUGUUCAGUUGUGGCAGGAAGAUUGCCAAGAAUGGACAGAAAUGAGGAGGGUUUAUGGGGCAGUGUUUGAUUAUGCCAAUCCACCAAGUGGUGAAAUCAAUUUGAGGUUCCAAGUGAGUGGCAGUGCAGGUAUCUAUUGGGUGCAAUCCCAGAAUGCUAUUCCUAGUGAUUGGACUGCUGGAGCUGCUUAUGAUUCACAGGUUCAGCUUACUUAAAAAAAUAAAUAAAUAAAUAAAUAAAAUAAACAAAAGAGGAAAAACUUUUGGUAUCUUAUUGUUGAGAUGCCAGGAUCAAGAUAACAAAUCGAUAGGCACUACUAGUAUUCAAUUGUUUACUCUUACGGAUGUUGAUGUUAAUGUUAGUAGUGUGUCCUCUUUGUGUUUAGGGACUAGAAUAA